GAUUUUUUGUUAUGAUAAAGGUAUGUGUCUGGAACAUUAAAGCAGAGUGGGUUUUCGGUUACUGUGAAUAAAGUUGUUGGCGUAUUUGCAUUCUAUUGUAAAUAAUUACAUUUUUUUUUAACUCAACUGUUCAAUUUAAGAUCGAAAUAAGCCUUUGACAUUCAGAUUUAAGAAGCAAAUCGUAAAGGAAGAAGUUUAAGCUUUCCGGUUAUGGUAUUUAUAGUAUCUAUGGGACUCAAGGAAAAUGAUCAACCACCCUAACUUAAUUAAAGCACGGAAGUUGAAGGCUGCAUAAGGCGAAUAACAGUCAUACGUCGUUUUUACACUGUUGGAUAGACGUAUAUUUUGUAUAAACCCAUGGCCAAACCAACACCUAUUUUAUACCGUGUUAAAGAGAAAGUGAUGCAGAAAGUGAAAUUUCAUUACAUUAUUUUUACCCGCUUUUGAUACAUUUCUUGCAAGAAUUGGGAUUGACGGUGUCCAGUGUGCUUGGCUUAUAUGGAUGCUUGUGAACAUUGUCACGAUUUCAGAUUUUGUUGAAAUGUGAAUUUAUAUUUUUAACAUAAUUUUACACAACUAACAGCUAAUUUCCUACUUUCAUCUGUGUGAUUUUGUUAUUGUUUGAAAUGUAUGGUUGUUGAAUUUAACAUUUAAAACAGAUAGUUUUGGUGUCACGCUUUAAAAACAUUGUAAAUUCAUCGGAACUUGACAAGAAUAGUGAGUGGCGAAGUAAACUCUGUGAUAAACGUUUGGAAAUUCAGUAAACAUUUCAACGUAACUCGACGCAAUAUAUGUUUAGAAUCCCAUAAAACUGAAUUUAUUUUCAAAACUAGCUAUAACCUACGAUUCUUAGACUAUUAUUCUGUAAAAUGUCGUUUUUGUAUAGAUAACGGACAUAAAAUGUGAAUUUUAAGCGAAUAAAUAAUUCAAUACUAAGAUGACUUUCACCGAUAGAAUCAACAUCGUUUUCAAGAAGUUGGUGACAUCGAGAUUGUUCAAAUGGGGUGUUUUUAGAAAGUACAGAUAUCAUGUUAGUGGAUGAUGACCUGCUAGGGAAUGCUACUUUCACUUUGCCGCCUGAUUGAUUUAAGAACAACUGCUCAAAGUGUAUAAGAACAAUUGAAUGGACUGGAUCUGAUUGAAUUUGUUCGGUUGAGGGGUUUAAGGAUACGAACGUCUAGAUUUGAAAAAUCGAAAAUUCAAAAUGGCCGAACAAUCUGUCUCAAAGUUCGUAGUACUGCCACUUUUAAUACUAUAUAUGUUUAUGCCGAUUCACGACUCUAUCUUCUUAAUUAGACCGUUCUUAAAGGGGCCAUUAACUAUAGAAGUGCCGAAACAUAAUUUCUGGCCGUUUAUACCUGUUGUGCCACCUAUUCAAGACAAUAAAACGUAUUAUAGUAUACCAAGACACAAUUUCUGGCCAUUUAUACCUAUAGUAGCACCAUUCGACCCGGAUGUGAGUAUAACAACACCCUCUAUACCAACUAGUACCAUAGCCUGGACAGACAAUGAUGGAGGUUAUGAUUAUUCGGAGGUGUUGGGAAAAUCCCUUUUAUUUUACGAAGCACAGAGAUCAGGUCGUCUACCGUUAGCCAGAAAUGUUGCAUGGCGUGGUGAUUCAGCUACGAAUGAUCAGGGGAUAUUUGGAGAAGAUUUGUCUGGUGGCUGGUAUGACGCUGGGGAUUAUGUAAAGUUUGGUUUACCUAUGGCAGGAGCGACAACUCUACUAGUAUGGGGAUUGAUUGAGUUUAAGAGUGGUUAUGAAGCAGCUGGGUUGUUAGCGAACAUUUAUGAUUCUGUUUUAUGGCCAUUGGCGUAUUUCAUGAAAGCUCACCCAACAAAAUUUGAAUUUUAUGCUCAGGUUGCCGACCCGUAUGUAGACCAUAGUUAUUGGGGUCGACCAGAAGAUAUGAAGAUGUAUCGACCUGGAUAUAGAUUAUCACCAGAACGACCAGGAAGUGACGUCAUCGGAGAAACAGCUGCGGCUCUAGCUGCGGGCGCAGUAGCGUUUAAAUCACGUGAUGCCCCGUUAGCUCUACAAAUGCUAAAACAUGCAGAAGAACUAUUUGAAUUUGCGGAAACAUAUCAAGGAAAAUACAGUGAUGUGUUGACAAACGUUCAAGAAUUUUAUGCGUCUAGUGGCUAUGAAGAUGAAUUAUGCUGGGCUGCAGCCUGGUUAUACAGAGCGACAGGACUCAAGAAAUAUUUAAAAGCGGCGGAACGGUAUUAUAGACGAGGUAGUUCCUGGGCUCUGUCCUGGGAUGAAAAGAGAGCAGCUUCCAUGGUCUUGUUAUAUACUUUAACCAAACAAGAUAAAUAUAGAGAAGAUAUAGAAUCAACAAUAAAAGACUGGAUGCCCGGUGGAUCUGUUCAAUAUACCCCAAAAGGAUUAGCCUACAGAUUACGGUGGGGUUCGCUUCGAUAUACAGCGAACAUGGCGAUGAUCGCCCUGAUGUCAGCCAAUGCCGGCAUCAAUCCCACAAGAUAUCGCGUAUGGGCGAGGAAACAGAUACAUUACAUGCUUGGGGAUGGUGGUAGAAGUUAUGUUGUAGGAUUUGGUGUGAAUCCACCAACUCGACCACAUCAUGCAUCCAGUUCUUGCAGCUCUCCACCGUGGCCGUGUACUUGGGCCGACUUCUAUAAAAAUGGGCCUAACACUCACACCUUAUACGGAGCCUUGGUUGGUGGACCAGAUGAAUUUGAUAAUUUUAUAGAUGACCGAGCCGACUAUGUACAGAAUGAAGUCACGUGUGAUUAUAAUGCUGGAUUUCAAUCGGCAAUAGCGGGUUUAAAAGAACUCCAAGUUAGGCACCGAAACCAUUUAUAACAAGAUGGCUACGGAAACAUUGUUACAUUGGUGGACUGUUUUACUCUAUCCGAACAAAUAGUGUGUAUCCAGUUGUGGUCGAACUCGUUAUUGAUAAUUCCGUUUAUGAGACAUGUGAAUAGGGUUACCUCCCCUGUAACAUAUAUCGUGUUGAAAAUGCACGAUUGUCACGUAUAACAAAACGGCAAUGUUUCUUCGUACAUUAAAACCUUUCUCAGGUUCAAAUACUAACUAGUGUAAAAACCUGAACUACGCUAGAUGUCACCUUGGUGUGUAAAACUUUAUAAUGAUUUAUGUUCAUAUGCCCAGACUAUCUGUUGUCAAGAACACCCGACAUGGCUUAUAGUAAAUGCAGCCAAACAGCAACAAAAACAACAACGCCAGACUGGAAAAUCAUGUGAAAACGGACAUUCUGAAACAGGGAUGAAUUCAGAUGCUCGUCCACGAUGUCCCAAUUCUUGUAGUCAAAUGCAAC